ACACACACACACACACACAAACACUGUCCGGCUCUCCCGCCCAGGGGAAGAACUGGAUUCUCCAGUCCCUCAUGGGCAGCCAACACACAGGGCUAUCAAAAACCUCACCAGCUGGGUACCAACCGCCCCCUACCAGGCAGCUUGUCUCCAUCUCCGCGGCCCGGGGGGAUGGCCCUGCAGCAAGCAGGGCUCUCCUGGGUGGUUGCCAGGGCACCCCAGCCCUGGGUGUGCAGCAGGACCAGCUGUGGAGGGAGCUUGUGGAAGCCGAAGCACGAGGCCAGCGGCGCUGGGCUGAGAAUUGGGGUUUCCUGAAAGACUACGACCCUCUGGGAAAUAAGAAGGAGCCUCAGGAGCUGCCUGCCAAGGUGCCCUUCUUCCCAGACACCUUCCCCUGCUCCACCAGCCGGGAGGUGGGCAGCAGGGUGGACACACCCCUGGGGAGAGCCCUCAGCCACAUGGACUUCUUCUUUGUGGAAGGCACUCGGAAGAGGAAGCCAGAGGAUGAGCUACAGCCACUGUAGAGGGGCUCUCGGGGCUGGCUACAGCAGGUGGGUAUGGAGUGGACAAAGCCCAGGGAGCUCUUGGCCCACGUGCGUGCUCUUGGCUCAGUCCCACACGGGGCACGAGGAGGACUCCAGAAACACUCCCAGGACCACAGAACCUCAGCCCUUCCAGCUCAGGACCCCAGAGAUUCUGGAAAGGGAGCCCAGAGUUAAGAUUGGGAGCAUGUUUAAUGAGUUCAGUCUGACCUUGCAACCAUGAGGUUGCUCACAGCUUCUGCCUCAGUCUAUCUGCACGAGCUGGGCUACCUCAGACACAUCUGUGCAUACAGGUGCCCUUGGAGGCCACAGAAUGCAUUGGAACUAGAGUUAGAGAUGGCUGUGGGCCACCAUGUGCAUGCUGGGGAUGGAACUUAGGUCCUUGGCAAGUGCUUUUAACUGCGAAGCCAUCUCUCCAGCCCUAGUCUUGACUUAUCUUUCUCGUUCCUAGACUUCCACUUGAAUAGAAAUAGCUGUUUGGGAGGCAGAGCGUAUGCUAGAGUAAUGCAAACUAUGCUCAUGUCAGACACACACAUAUUACACCUGUACUGAACCCCUAACAGUAACCUCUGUACCUAUCUAGCCCAAGGCAGGCACUUGAUGGUCAUGUGAUACUGCCACAGUAUGACCUUGGCUCCUUCGGGCAUGGGUCCAGGGCUUCUGCACUGGCUCCUAAGCCUGGAAGUACAGCCACUUACAGAUGUUGUAGCAUUACAGCCCAGAUCACCUUCAUAGGUAUUUUUGUCACUAUCCAUGAGGUCUAGAAGCCACACCAAACAUUUGGACUAGCCUAGUCAAUGAUGUGUGACUCAGGGCAGCGAUACCCCUCCAGGCCUCCAUCUCCACAGUUUGAGGAUAGACAGGGGAGGAGAAGAGACAGAUCUCAAGGAUAACACAGGGGUUGCUCUUCUGAAGAGCACACUGACCA